GAGGAAACAAUCGGUGAUCCGGUUAAAGGAAGUCACGUUUUCCGGUACUUUACUGCGCGUUUACACACCUCCUGGUUCCUCCUGAGGAGUCACUGUGUUUGCAGAGAUGGAGCUGAUCGUGCUAUCAGGAGGGAUUCUGGCUCUCCCGCUCAUCGCCUUCAUCACCUCCGUCCUGUUCUGGCCCGGAGCGCUCCUCAAGGCCUACAACUGGUACUGGCGUCGCAGGCUGGGGCUGGUGGUUCGAUACUCUCACAGUGGAAGUUACCGCUUCUGUUAUUGCAGCCGCGGGACACCAGGAGGCGCCACGCCGUCACUACUCCUGCUGCACGGCUUCUCCGCCACCAAGGACAUGUGGCUGCCUGUCAUCAAUUAUCUCCCUAGAAACAUGCAUGUAGUGUGUGUGGACAUGCCGGGACACGAGGGGACGAGUCGCACCUGUGCCGAGGACUACAGCAUUCAGGGCCAGGUCGCACGAAUCCACCAGUUCGUGCAGAGUAUCGGUCUGGACAAAAGACCCUUCCACCUGGUCGGGACCUCGAUGGGAGGGAACGUCGCUGGAGUGUACGCCGCCCAGUACCCAGCUCACCUGUCCAGUGUCACUUUGGUCUGUCCUGCAGGUCUAGUUUAUCCCACAGACUCUGAGUUCAUCAGCCGUCUGAGGGAGAUGGAGAAGACUCAGCAGGAGGACUCGAUCCCUCUGAUCCCCUCGACUCCUCAGGAGCUGGAGGACAUGCUGAAACUCUGCUGCUUUACUCCCCUCAACCUCCCCAAACAGGUUUUGCGGGGUCUCCUUGCCAACCGGCUCCCCAACAAUGGUUUCUACAAAGAAGUGUUUAUGGAGAUCGUCGGGGAGAAGUCUCGUCACUCGCUGCAGGAAAACUUGCAUCUGAUCAAAUCACCUGUGCAGGUCAUCUGGGGGAAGGAGGACCAGGUGGUGGACGUGUCGGGGUCAGCGGUGCUGCAGGCGGCGCUGCCAAGCUGCCAGGUGACGGUGUUGGAGAACUGUGGUCACUCUGUGGCGUUGGAGCGGCCCAGAAAAGCCGCCACGCUCAUUGUGGACUUCCUGCGCAAACAGGAAGUCAACGGUGAAAACACUAAAAAACUUUCCUGAAGAAAACUUUUGAACCCUGUGACGGCUGAUGACAGAGAGGAGAAUGAAGGAGAUGUUGAGGAUGAAGUAAAAGGUGAAGAAAACAAUGAUAAUCUUUUAUAGUUUGAUAAAAGCGUUUUUUACGACAGAGUUUACACCUGAAAAUUGAUAAACGCACAAAAGUUGGAAGGACUGUUAAAUUUUCCUGAAGUUUUUAGACACAGCGCCUUGCAGGAAGCUGCAGUCACUGUUUCCAGUGUUAAUGUUCAAUGAAAACAUUCCACGUUUGGAUUUUGCACUUUUCUCUGCAGAAAAAUUGUAUUUCAAUUUCCUGUUUCAUGUGAAUGUCAGGCAUUUGUUUGUGUGUGAAGUCUCCUACUGUGAAACAUCUGCAUAUUUAACUUCAUGAAACCACUCAAUAAAUCUCAUACAAAAAAAGGAA